AUGUCAAAGUGUCGAAAUGUCGAAUUUCGAAAUGUCAACUUUCAUUUUGCCAAAAUUUUCAUAAUGCCAAAAUCUCAAAACACCAAAAAUUUUUCCUUAAAUAUCCCUCAAUUUUUUAACAGAUUCAAGGAACGCAUCCGAGCCCUCUCCCGUUGCUUCUCUAAAAAUGUGUUUGUUUCCGAUGAAGAAUACAAUGUCUACAGCAGCGGGAAAAAUGUCAGUCGCUCACAUUUAUCGUGUCUUGAAAAAUUGAAUAAAAGAAAGGAAGACUGGAAAUAUGUUGUUUUACUGCAGAAUCACGAUUUACCUCUACGUACCAACGCUGAACUUGUCCGCAUAUUUAAAGCAUACAACGGAACAAACGAUAUUGCCACAAAAAAUAUUGUAAAAAACACGGUUGUUAAAUCGCUGGAUUGGUCAUUGAAAGGAUUGCGGCUUUACAGAAACGAAUAUGCCUACCCUCCAAACAUUAAACAAUUAAACCACACAAAAUCUUUAAAUUUAAUUGUCUUGUCCAGAGCUGCUGUUAAUUUUACUCUUAAACAGUUGAAUGUUUACCCGUUUAUUGACCAGUUGGAAAAGAGUAGAUAUGGAAUGGACGAGGUCCUCUAUUCCACCCUAAACAGCAAUUUGCCCGAUUUUCCAGGAGGAUUUACCUUGGACUGUCUAAAAUAUCAGAAUAAAGUUGCCAACAGUAUGGGAAGGUAUGUAAUAUGGCGAACUUAUGGAAAACAAACCAAUCGUUGUAUGAGCGAUUACUUGAGACACGAUGUUUGUGUUUAUGGAGUGGAGGAUUUGCCUCAUAUUGGAAGGGCUAUACUACACUUUUACUUGAAUAAAAUGAUGCCUUCCUUCGAUUAUGGUGCAAUAUUUUGUUGGUUAAGCACCUUGGCAGCUCGUAGGCUUUCUCGGGAGAUUAAUAUCAACGAAAAAUAUUAUCAACAAUUGCCUCAUGUAAGGUAUAACAAUUUAAAAUAUUCAAAUCAACUACAUAACAACAACAACGUGUCUAACGAGGAACAACCAUUUAAAUGUUAA